AUGCCAGGAGUUGAUUGGGCAAAUGGAAAACGAAUAGGAAUUACCAGCUCAAAUGAAAGCAAUAUGAAGCGCGAGGAGACCUCAUUUUUACGUGCCAUCAGAUAUCGUAGCUGUCACAAGCAUGGGUUCCGAUUAUCGAGCAAAUCUGGCUUCGCUCGCGAUGUACAGCUUAGGAUUAAUGAGAAAUAUAGUGCUGAAGAGGCGGCGAAAGCCCUCAGAUGGAUCCGUCUUCUAAAACCAUCCAGUCCUCUUCCUGAGCAUUUGACUACGGCAGUUGAAAAGAUUCCUCAGGAUAUUUCAACCGUAUCGGCUGAUGAUUUUUACAAAUAUCUUAAAGAUGGACUUGUUCUGGGCUAUCUUAUUGGCUGUCUCAAGCCGGAUGAUGUAUCAAAUAACCUUGGGAAGUCAAUGUGGAAGGUUUCUGAUAAAGCUAUCUUCGAGACGAAUCGUCAACGUGAAAGGAUUGGGGCUUUCAUAAAUUUCUGCCAGGAAAUGGGUGUAGGAUCAGCAUCCGCCUUCCAGACAGAACAACUCCAUGAACAGACUAAUAUUCCCCAAGUUGUGAUCUGUCUUUCACAGCUGGGUAUUGAAGCCCAAGCUAAGCCCGGUUAUGCUGGUCCACAGGGUUACUGGAUGCAACGUCACAAAGAAAAUCCUAGAGCCUUCACUGAAGAACAGUUGAAGGCUGGGGAAUCUGUAAUCGGACUACAGAUGGGCUAUACGGGGGGUGCUAACCAAUCGGGUAUUACUUUUGGAUCACAAAGGAAAAUUACUGACAUGUUCUAA